AACUCGGGACCCCCCUCUGACAUCUGGUAUAUUUUCGACUGGGGAUGGGCAGUGAUCCGUAAACGCCUGAUCCCAUAAAAGCAGAAGACUUCGAAGCCCUCCCUCCUCACUCCUUCACAGCUAUCCUUCCUUCCCUCCCAUCCCUCCCAUCCCGGCAUCAUAACCAUGAAGGUCACACUCGCUCUCGCUACUCUCGCCAGCUACGGAAUCGCCUCCGUCGCCGCCUGGGGUCGGGAAGGUCAUGAGAUCAUUGGAUCCAUCGCCAGCGACCUCAUCAAGCCUUCGACCCUGAAGGUCGUCAACCGCCUGCUCGGCAGCGACACGAUGGAGAAGGAGUCGACCUGGGCCGACGAAGUCAAGAAGGCCACCGGGACCGGAAACUGGCAUUUCAUCGACAUCAACACCGGUGCGAACCCGGCAAACGACCCCAACAACAGCAAGGGAACUUGCACUCCUGUGAUGGAGCGCGAUUGCGCCGGCCAGGACAAAGACGCCUGCAUAGUUUCCGUCAUCAGCAAGCAAGGCGAGAUCCUCAAGGGUGCGUGCAGCAGCGGUAACCCCACCACCCAGCAGAUUGAAGCGCUCAAGUACCUUAUUCACUUUUUCGGUGAUAUCGCGCAACCCCUCCACGCCUGUGGCUUCCACCGCGGUGGAAACGACGAUCUCGUCGCUCAGUUCGAUACGCAAGUCAAGUCCCCGUAUGGUAGCCUCCAGCUGCACUGGAUCUGGGACAGCAGCAUCCUCGUCAAGACGAUGGGCGGUACGACAUCUGAAUCAUCCCAGAAGGUGUCUCAGGCUCAAGUCGAUGCCUAUGCAGCAAAGACGUUGAAGCGCGUGCAGACCGGCGACUACGCAUCCUCCGUGCAGUCGUGGGCGACCUGUGCGAACCCCGAUGCCGGCACCCAGCACCGUUGCCCCCUGGAGUGGGCCGCCGACUCCUCCGGCCUCGACUGCUCCCGUGUGUACAAGGGAUACUCGGCCACCGCUGACCUCGGUGCUGAGUACUACGACAAGUACAAGACCACCGUCGACGAGCAGAUCGCCAAAGGUGCCGUACGUCUGGCCGCCUACCUCGACGAGGUUCUGUCCUGCAAUACCACCCCACCACCACCCAAGCCCACCACCACCACCAGGGGUCCUCGCCCAACCACCGCCGCCCCUGCUCCCACUUCCACCCAGGCUCCUCGCCCUACCACCACAGCCGGUCCCGCUCCCAAACCCGUCUGCAAGGACGCCGACUUCCCCAACUUCCUGUGGAUCCGCACUGAAAACAUGUGCUGUGAGGACCCGACCGUUGUCGGUUCCAAGUACAAAUACAAUUGUUGUGCGGAAUCUGACACGGGCGUCUACGACGACUGUGGCCGGUUCGGAAACGGAUACAAGAGGACGUCCAAGGACGGGCCAUUCCCCAAGGGCAAGCGUAACCAUCAGUGAUAAACGAACCCCUUCUUCCCAUGACUGGGGAUUCCCAAGUGAGAUCUUUGCUCUUCGUGGACUAUCUAAUAUGGUGCACUGUACUGUGUGUAUAUAAUGUAGAUGUAGAGAUAUACCUGUUAUUAAUGAUGAUAAAAGAGCGCUUGAGCUGGCCUCACGAACCUGUACCCGAAGGUCUGACUAUCCUGGAAAGAAGUAAUCCAAAGCGGUAUCUCCAGCAUCGUGUCGCUCGAACAAAAUGGAGAAAGUAGUGCGUUAGAUUAACCCCAAAAAAUUGAAAUUUCAAGCCAAUACUCUGUUGUGGCGGCCGGA